AUAAAGUUAUUUAAACCAAAGUCAUGGGCCAUACUGCUCAGAUAUGAAACUAUUUGUGAACCAACAUGGAUAGCUUCAUAAUAGCCUCCAUUCAUCAGUUACAGCUUGAGAAUGGUGAUUACAUCCAAGCAAAGGCACUCCAUAUGGUUGUUCUCAAGUCCUUUCAAUCUCUCUCCAAAAUUAACCACAAAAAUUGCCCAUAGAGGCAUGGAGCCCUGCUAACAAUAUAUAUAUAUAUAUAUAUAUAUGAGAACUAUAUCUGAACCAUAAAGUUCCAAUCUCCUCAAGCUAACACAAAUAGCUCUCAGUAGAUAGGCUUAUAUAGAGACGAGAGAGACAAGCCAGGACAUUCUUAUAUGGACCAUGGUCGUUCCUGCGUCCUUUUAAACCAUUUCCCGAUCUAACCACCUUCCUUCAUCUCCAAUCCUUAGCAGCCUUCUUUCGUCUUCAUAAGCUCAAACAUCCACCAAUCGACACAUAUCCAUUCCACCCCACGAGUCAUUCGACAUGGAAUCCCUUUGGUGGCUUUGCUUCUCAGCCUCUCUUCUUCUCGUCCAACUUUGCACCGCCGGAGCACAAGCACCGGCGGUUGCACCCACCAUCCUACCACCACCGGUCGCCCCCACACCUCCAACAGCUGUGACACCACCACCCUCUUCAAGCCCGACAAACUCGCCACCUCCGGUCUCUACACCACCACCAUCAGUGCCACCGGCAUCGCCUCCUGUUCCAUUAGCGCCUGCAUUACCACCACCACCAGUAUUGCCGCCGCCACCGACAUUACCACCACCAACAGCUUCGCCACCAGCUAUAACUCCGGUGGUGCCACCGCCAGUGCCACCACCACCAGUGCCACCACCGCCAGUGCCAGCACCGGUGCCGCCACCAGUACCAUCGCCGCCAGUGACACCGCCAGCUACACCUCCAGUGAUGCCUGGGCCGGUACCAGCACCGUCAAUAUCUGUGCCGGCACCUGCUCCGGCAAAGCGCAAGGGGAAGCACAAGAAAAGAAGGCACAGAAAGAAGCAUGCACCAGCACCUGCACCGACCGUGCCAAGCCCGCCGGCGCCGAUUGCGCCCACGCCACCUGAUGAGUUGGAUGUAACGAGUCCGGCACCUCAGCCAAUUGAUCUGAAUGGAAGCAUUGCGAUGUUUGAGAAGGGAGGGAUGCUCCGAAACUGGGUGGGAACCAUAUUGGCUAUUUUUAUGCUGUUGAUUGUCUGAAGUUAGCACUGCUUGCGGCUCGGUAGAACAAUCUUCCAGUUUUGCUCAUAUUACAGAGGAUUAUUGUCUUCAUUGUUUUCCAGUUACCAAAUGCCAUCUUCAUAUUUAUCAUCACAUCUGUUUUUGCGUGUAAUAGAGAAAGUUUUGUUUUUGAACUAUGCAGUGGAAUUGAUUCAAUCACUUUGGUCCGCUUCUAGUGGUUGUUUUA